AGGCCGUGUCCGUAAAAACUGCAGAAUGCCUCAAAGUGGCAAAUUACGGUAAAUAACAAGAUAGAACUGGAGGCAGCUCUUAAAGACUAUAAGCCUGCAUGUCAGUCUCCUCUCCAGUAACACACACCACCAGUGGUCGCCAUGACGACAGACGAGGCUGAGAAGCAGCAGCGUAGGAACGUUCGCCCCAGUCCAGAUCAGGAUCGGGGCCCCGGUGGGCCCUCGGAUCAGCAGGACCGCUCGUCCCCGGAGGAUCAGGUGCCGAGACCUCGCACGCGCGGCUCAGGGGGCCGUGGGCUCUCUCGCCUCUUUUCCUCCUUCCGGAAGCAGCGGUCACUGUGCUCCGAAGAGGAGCGAGACGGGCCAGGGGAGCAGUGGGAGACGAAAGAGCUGAAGGCCCCCAUCGCAGACCCAGAGCCGGAGCUCCGGGCAGAGGAGGACACCGCUCUCGAUCUGCAGUCCCUCAGCAGUGCAGAGAUACAGCUGGUCCACGUGGACCAGAAAGAAGACCAAGACACGGAGAAAGACUCUCUGGAGGAAGAGGAGGCUGGGAGGGGGGGUCAGGAGGACAAGGACGGGGAAGGAGGCCUCCAGCAUCAAGAAAGGAAGGAGGGAUCCAAGACACGGAAAGCUGGCCGCCAAGUGCGCACCAUGCACUGCAAGGUCACCCUGCUUGAUGACACUCAGUAUGAGUGUGAGCUGGAGAAACAUAGCAGAGGGCAGGAUCUCUUCAUGAAGGUGUGUGACCAUCUGAAUCUGCUGGAGAAGGAUUACUAUGGGCUGGCGUUCUGGGAGUCACCCACCACCAAGACCUGGCUGGACUUCGCUAAGGAGAUACGGAAACAGACACAAGGAAUUUGCGAGUUUACCUUCAACGUGAAGUUUUAUCCACCUGAUCCAACUCAGCUGACGGAAGACAUCACCAGGUACUACCUGUGUCUGCAGCUACGCAAGGACAUCUUCAGUGGCCGGCUGCCCUGCUCCUUUGUGACACUGGCAGUGCUGGGCUCCUACGCGGUCCAGUCAGAGCUGGGCGAGUACGAUCCGGACCUGCACGGCCCUGACUACACUCGGCAGGUGCGGCUUGCCCCGCGCCCCAGCAGGGAGCUGGAGGAGAAGGUGAUGGAGCUACACCGUACCUACAAGUCAAUGAUCCCGGCACAGGCCGACAUCAUGUUUUUGGAAAAUGCUAAGAAACUAUCUAUGUACGGACUGGACUUCCAUCCAGCUAAGGACCUUGAGGGUGUGGACAUCAUGCUGGGCGUCUGCUCCAGCGGACUGAUGGUCUACAAGGAUAAGCUGCGAAUCAACCGCUUCCCUUGGCCAAAAGUGCUUAAGAUCUCUUACAAACGAAGCAACUUCUACAUAAAAGUCCGGCCCUCUGAGCUAGAGCACUAUGAGAGCACCAUUGGCUUCAAGCUGCCCAACUGCAAAGCCUCCAAGAGGCUCUGGAAAGUGUGUGUGGAGCACCACACCUUCUUCAGACUCUCUUCUACGGAAGCAGCCACCACACCCCGGAGGUUCCUGGCCUUGGGCUCCAAGUUUCGUUACAGUGGGCGAACCCAGGCCCAGACACGCCAGGCUAGCUCCAUGAUCGACAGGCCUGCUCCCCUAUUCCAGCGCUCUACAAGCAAGAGGGCAUCACGCAGCCUUGACGAAGGGCAGCUGCAGACGCAGACAAAGAAGGAGGACAAUUGGUUUGAACUGCUGGACCGUGCCCCCAUAAAGACCACCCCGCCCCCUCCAGUGGGGCCUCUUGGUGUCCAGCCAGGGGGCUGCUCCUCUGCCCAGGUAAGGCUAAGGAGAGUGGAACGCCACCCAUACAAACGGGUUGGCUGGGUGAUGGGCGACCCUGAAGCAGUACCCACAUUAGACCCUGCAUUCCGGCUGGAGGAGUCCGCACAGGAACUGCAGGAUCAGGUGGAGGUGCCGAGGAUGACACAGUCAGUCGGUGACUGGAUGCUUAAGUUGCCAAACCUCAGAGAAUCAGAAGACUGGUUUAUUUUGCUGGACUGCAUCCUCCAAAGUCCAGCAGUGGUGAAGACUCCAGAUCGGAAUAGCCGUCCUGUCAGCGCCCCCAUCAUGUCUCCAGUGUCGCCAGUCUCCCUUGGGGAGAAAGCCGCAUCGCCAUCAACCCCACGUGCUGAUCACUGGGUAGCUCCUACCCCCAGCCGUCGCCCCAACCGCCUGGAGGACAGAAGGGCAGAGAUCAGGAAGGGAUACCACACGGCAGAGUCCCCCAGACCAGAGCUGCUACGAGAGGCGAAGGCACUAGCAACAUCACGACGGGAGAGGAGAGAGAUCUCCAAGACCGCAGCUUCCAUGGGGGAGACACCGGCCCAGCAGCUGCCAAGGCCUGAGACUGAACCGGUGCGCAUGAGAAAGAAAAGAGCUAAGAAAAUAGAGGGUGAAACUAUUUAUAUCCGCCAUAGCAAUUUAAUGUUGGAGGAUGUGGACAAGACGCAGGGCGAGCUGAUGAGACACCAUGCCAGCAUCAGCGAGCUGAAGCGCAGCUUCAUGGAGGCCAUGCCUGAGCAGCGGCCCAGCGAGUGGGACAAGCGCCUGUCCAGUCAGUCGCCCUUCCGUUCCAUCACCAUCAACGGGCAGCUGCAGCCGAGUGCCAAUGGGUCGCCCCUGGUGAAGAAGAUGCAAACUGUCACCAUCUCCGACAUCACCAACAACAUCCGUGGUGAUCCCACAACAAAGGAAGUCCCCAUUGUGCACACAGAGACCAGGACCAUCACCUAUGAAUCACCACAGACAGGAGAUAAUGUUCUGGACCGAGACGGUGGUAUUCUGCUGAGUGCCCAGACAAUUAGCUCCGACACGGUCUGCACCACAACCACCACCCAGAUCACCAAGACGGUGAAAGGUGGCAUCUCGGAGACACGCAUUGAGAAGAGGAUCGUCAUCACUGGAGACAUGGAGAUCGACCAUGACAAAGCUCUCGCUCAGGCCAUAAAGGAGGCAAAGGAGCAGCACCCAGACAUGUCCGUCACCAGGGUGGUGGUGCACCAGGAGACGGAGAUCACCCCAGACACCACAUCUCAGUUGUAGACCAGCAGCCCCAGACAGAGGGUCACGCCACCAUCCAGAGGACCAGUCUGCCUCCGUGCUCCAAUCCUUGAGACACGCCAGAAACACCAGCAAAAAUCCGUGGGUGGGGAAAUCUCAGCAGCGUGUCGUGUCGCGUUACCUCCCUGCCUUCUGCGAACACUGCCGUGACAUGGAUCCUGACCUCCAGCCUCUUGAUUCCACCAGCGCCCUCUCCAGGACAAACGCUACAGCUUUUCUUUCUAUUCCGGGAAAUUUUCUAAGUGUCAAAUGGGUUUUGGUGUGAUGAUUUUGUGAUAGUGGGACUUUUUCCAAAGACAUUUUUAAUAGCUGAAAUUUGGCAAAGCAACCAGAUAGAAACACCAAAACCAUUCCAGAUUGUAUUAAUAACUGCUGUGUGUAGAAGCGUUUUAUUUUCCAUUUUGAUUUUUUUUCUAACUGAGCAAAAAGUUUUGUGAAUUAUUCAGAACUGGAGAUCGGUCCUCUUGAUAUUUGUUCAUGAAGUUGUAGUGGUGUUUAUAAAGACGUAGUUGUAUUUAUAAAAAUGUUUUAGUGUAGUUUUUCACGGCAUCACAAAACAAGAAAGAGUAGCGAAGCUGUACUUUCAUGUCUCUACCACACGGGGGCAGUGUGUGUUCAUUAGCCACAGAGAUGUCCAGCACUCUGGAAUGUUACAAGAAAAAAUUCAUUCUAAAUCGGCCUAAAUCCAACAAGCGCAUAAAUGGCUAAAUGAUUUUUCCCGUCCUCUUAAAGGAAGCAUGCUCCGCAGCCUUAUUCACAGAGCAACAUUAUUACAGCAAUAGAAUAUCGAUAACCGUCUGGAUCAUGCUGCCAGACUUUCCUGUCAACAAGGACUGCAGCCAUAGCUCUUUGAUUCAGAUGAGAAAAAAAACGGAGCUGUUUAUAUCAGUCUAACUGUGAAUUCCUUGCCUAGCCAGUGGUGAGGAACACUUAGUCAUACAGACUACAUGAGAUUGAACAGCCAGAUUCUGUUUUCCUGGGAACAGAUUUUGGGAGUAUAGCACAUAUAUUUUUGGUCUAUUUUAAAUAUGACACUUUUAUAGGAAUUUGUACAGAUAUCUGAUUUUAAUUAUUCGAGUGCUUUUCACUGACCAAAUCAGUCAAGAAGAGCAGGUGCUGAACCUCACUGCAUUUCAAGGCUCCUGUUCCCGGUUCCCUCUUUCGUAGUUUGCGGACGUGUGCGUAGAAGAGGAUGAGACUCAGUUGUGUUUUAUUGAGGGGAAGCUCCUGGUCGAGUAUCUUUCAAGCUGAUUUCAUACGAAGGAGUAUGUUUUGCACCACAAUCAGUCCAGGCGAAGAGGAUGUAUGACAAUACGGCCCUAAUGGUGCCACAGACUCUACUCAAGGGAGGAAGCCUAUAUGGUACAGAAUAUGACAGCCAGACCAGAAGGGCACCUUAUGGUGCUAUUUGAGGAAGCGUGUUUUUAAGUGCUGUAGACCACAUCUUUGGUGAUGUUGGAACACCAUGAAUGUUGAGCCCGGUCUAUAAAUGCAGGACGCCAUAGACAGGCCGUGGAGAGUCACAGCAGCCAUCGUAGCUAAUUCUGUUUUCCACCGUACAUUCCUUCCCAGUAUCUUUCAGAUCCUCGUUAGCGCUCACAAAGGCAUUGUCCUUCUCUCAAGGGACACUUUGGCGUUAGUUACGCAGGCUCAUCUUGAAUGUUGUGGACAUUCCGAUGUAUUUCCGAUGACGUUUCUCCAUGUGUUCUGUCAGUAUUCAUUUCACAUUGUGUUUUAGUGGGGAAAAAUAUUGCUGUAUUGCUUAUACGCUUUUGCUUUUUCUGUUAUUCCCGAAGGUCUCUGUGAGCGUGUCAGCACUGCUCAGUUCUCUUCUGCUAGUUGGACAUGUUUCAAAGCAGUUUUUAUUAAAAUUGUUUGGUUUUUUUCGUUAAGCAAGAGCAGAAGUGAAAAUGGAUGGGUAUUGAAAGGUCAGUGGUAAAUACCAGAGUACAGAAUGAAUAUUGAGGGGGCAGCUAUGACUAGAGGAGUACUCAAUAAGUACUCGCGGACCAAAUGCUUUUAAAUGAUAAUGGAAUGAGGGUUGCACAGUGGCACAGUGGUUAGCACUGUUGCCUCACACCUCUGGGAUCAGCAUUUGAGUCUCCACCAUGGCUCCAUGUGAGUGGAGGUUGCAUGUUCUCCCCGUGUUGUCGUGGGAUUCCCUCCGGGUUCUCCGGUUUUCCCCCACAGUCCAAAAACAUGCCAAAUUGCUCGUAGGAGUGCAUGUGAGAGUGACUGGUGUGUGAGUGACUGGUGUGUGAGUGUGCCCCAUGAUGGCUGGCUCCCCAUCCUGGGUUGUUCCCUGCCUUGUACCCAUAGGUUCCGGACCCCCGUGACCCUGAAUAGGAUUACGCCAGGGCUGCCCAACUCUGCUCCUGGAGUUUUAAGUGCUGCCCUAAUUUAACACACCUGAUACAGAUAAUCAGGCCCUUCAGUAAUAUCUCAGUGUGAGAGACAACUUAGCUUCAACAUUAGCUGAUUCUAAUGCUGAGAUGCUAGGGUGGUGGAUCUCCAGGAGCAGGGUUGGGCAGUCCUGAGAUAAGCGGUUAUAUGAAAUGGAUGGAUGGAUAAUGGAAUGAGUACUGUUAUUGCUGAAGCACUGAAUGAGCAGGAUAGAAGCAGCUAUGAUAACAGAGGUACCAGUGCUUGAAGUGGGUCGAUACUCACCGGCACGGUAUCUCUUUGUUUUUCUCUUUAGAUAACCUCUCAAUAUCUGCUGGUACUGAAUGACAAGGGCAGUGCCGGCACCCAGUACUGAAUAACAAGAGCAAUAUAGGCACCUGGUACUGAAUAACAAGGGGAGUACCUGCACCUGGUACUGAAUAACAAGCAUAGUACCUGCACCUGGUACUGAAUAACAAGCGUAGUACCUGCACCUGGUACUGAAUAUCAAGAGUAGUACCUGCACCUGGUACUGAAUAACAAGGGGAGUACCAGCACCUGGUACUGAAUAGCUAGUGGAGUAUUUUCACGUGGUAUUGAAUAACAAGGGGUGUAUGAGUACGUGGUACUGAAUAAUAAGGAGAGUACUGGCACCAGGUACUGAAUAGGAAUGGAGUACUUGCACAUAGUACUCAAUAACAAGGGGAGUACCCGCAUCUGUUUUUCUCCACUUCAAGCACUGAGUACUACAGAAUGAGUGUUGAGAACUCAGCCAUCCUAGGGCCAGUCUAUAACAUAAUCUGGGGCUGCUCAAAGGCUGCACUCCGUAUAAAGUUUCUCUGAAACUGAACUGCUCCUUCCAUUGUUUAUGUGCUUAGCUGAUGUUUUUUUUGGCGGGGGGGGGGGGGGGGGAGGCCAAAUGCACUGAUCAAGGAUAUGGCAGCAUGGAGCAGCAUGAGGUGGCAUGGAGCGCGGGUUCCUUCCUCAGGGAAACGUUAGGGGUUGGGCCGAGCACCUGGGAUGUAGCUCACUUGGAACCGAUUGCUAGGAAUAAAAAAGAGGCCAGAGAUUUGUGUUGAUGUGCUGAAUUUUCUGUUUAAAUCAUUGUAUCGUAAUUGUGUGCUGUAGAUAGACGGCUUGGUUUCUCACGGUGCCGGGAGCUUGGCGUGAAUGCGGUGGCUAUGGGAACCCUCAGGAAAGGCAGCUGCUUUGACGGUCAUGGUGUCAUUAAAAGUAUCUGCAGAAAUUCAGCGUAUAUCCAUAAAAAACACCUGCCAAAUCCUAACGCGGUGCUGGUCAAUUGCAAUUUAAAGUAUGAAGCAAGUUGUAUGCCCUGCUUUGUAUCUUAUAUUAUUCCAGCUGUUAAAAGAUGCAGAUUUUCAUAUACGUUUUGGCAUAUUCCCACAAUAACACAUGAUAAUAAUAUUAACACUUCCCAAACGUGGGUCACACUGAUUUACUGCAGCUGUACUGAGAGAAUUCUGCCUGAAAACGUGGUAAAUUACAGCCUGUUUUUUGAUACAUUCUGUAUUAACCAAGGAAGACUCUCCCCUAAUCAUUGACGUAUGUUUUGUGGCAGUAUGCAUAAAUUGGGAGUUAAUAGCUUCUCAUAUUCCAGAGAUAGUUUUCAUCCUAUUUUAAAUGCCAUGGCAACACAGUAUUUAAAUUUGACGGUCUGCUCAGAUUGGUUUAUGUCAUCAACAGUGUUACAUUCGGCUGUUGUAACACAGGGAAAACUGUGAAACAAAUGGAUUUGAAGUAAUCCUUCUGCAUUUACCGACAAUGCACUGUGUGUGGCAUUGCGAAUUUCCGGUGAGGAAAGGUAACAGUAAAAUAUGGCACGAGGAAGGGGCUUGUGAAAAGGGUCCCCAUAAGGUGCGUAAGAGGGAGGCUUUGACGUCGUUGCUGUUUUAUAGAGGGCUCUGCUUGGCCAUAAUCUCAAGGAGUCUGCAGGGGCGCCGUCCUGUACCUGGGCCCAGAAAAUAGCUAGAACUGGCACCACUCCUUUGUGGGUCCACUGAGCCUGCAUGUGUGAGGCGGCUUGGGUGCGGUGGGCAGACUUUGUUUUAUGUUUUAGCUUCUUUUUUUCUGCCAUUUCUAAAUGAGGACCUCUUAUGAUGUAGAUUUGAAGCAGGUGGCGUAGCUUAUAAUGUCUGUCAGCUAUUUUAAAUACCACCCCCACCCCCCCCCCCCCCAGCCCUGACACACAGGCCUUUAUUUAAAUAUCCUGAUUGAGGCUGGCGUUCAUAUAUUUUUUCACUGCCAGAGUGAAGAUGAGAGAAAGUUGUAAUUUAUUUUGUAAAGCUUUCUGAACAUUUUGAACUGCAUAGUAUAGAAAUGUAGCUUUGCUUUCCUCACCAGCUUGUUUUCAUGUCAUAGAUUUAAAAAAAAAAAACUGUAGAGAAUUUUGUAACAGCUGAUAUCUUACCUCUGUGGUUUUGGUAGGAACCAUGAGAUUGUGCCACAUACAUACGUUUGUAUUUGCGGUUUUCCGUCGAUAGCAAACCCACAGUGGCACCCAGUGUUGGCUGUCAUUGUGAAUGUUUCUGAUCAUUGUACUUUUUCCUUGUCUUUUUCUGAAAAAUAAAUAAAGUAAUCAAACAAA